AGGACCAUGGAAGGGACUGAGGAUAUUUAUAUAAAUCAAGGGUUGUCCCCCAAGAAGAGGGCCAAGAAGAAUGAUCCCCCAGCAGGUGCCCAUAGAUUUAAAGAAGACAAUGAACCUGAAUAUGAAAACAUCUCGGUGACCACAAAGAACAAUAAUGAUCCUCUGAAGCAACAAUCAGUGUCCACCCAGUGGGCCCCUGCUGCUUCAGCUCCAAGCAAUUCUUCAAGACAUUCCUCAGUGCAAAAGUCUCUCCUGGGAAUUUACCUCCUCCUGGGCCUGGCUUUCCUGCUGUGCAUUGUCUCCUUGUCUCUGUUAGUGGUGAAAAGUUCUGAAUUUUCCAUGAACCUGAGGAGUAUGAAGAAUGAACUGUGGAAUGUCUCUAGCAGGCUCCAGAAGGAGCAGGAUAAUGCUCAGCAACUGAAGACUCAGAUCACUGAAAUAAAGAACACCACAAACAUCUAUAACAUAAUAAUGAGACGAAUUUUAAGAGACCUGUCGAGCAGUAAGGAUACAUUGAAUUAUUUGAAAAAGCAACUAGAAAAACUGGAAGAGGCUCAAAAAUCAGGACCAAGUCCCAAACAUAAUUCAACUGGCUAGAAAAGGAGACCAACUUAUCAUCUGGAAGACUACACCUUUGGGAGAAGCUUUGGGAGGGUCUUUGUGUCCUUCCUAUGAGCUGGGUGUGUUUCUGCAUUUGUGAAUAGAAUGUAACAUGCUUUAAGGUUCUCAAAGAAAAAGAAAAAUCACUCUGGAUAUCACUCCCUCUUCUCUUAGUGUGUGCUCUCCCAAGUUUAGGUCUAUGAGUGCACAUGCCUUGAUGUGUAUAAUUAUAUCAGGUCUUGUCUUUCUGUGUCUGGGAUUUACAAAAGGGGAUGAGUGUGUACAAGAAUAGGGCAGAGACACCUCCAGGUAUAAGGUGAUACAGCUGUUAGGUACAUACUGGAGGAAGAAAAGAUAGAAAGAUGAAUAUCAAUGUCCAGGCCUCUAGGAGGUCAGUGGGGUCAGUAUUUCCCAAGGACUUAAUUUGAAUUAUUGUCUUUUCUUUAAAAUUUUUUUAUUUCUAUCUUUCGUUUUUAUGCUAUCUUUACUUCCCAGUAAUAUUCCCUCAGUGGCUAAGCUUGAUGUAGAUGUCUGUAUACAGUUUACAUUUUAAAAUGUAAAAUCAUUAAUUUAUGAUAUUUUAUUUUUGGUCUGAACUUUUGAUUUCAUUGGUGGAGAGAAUUCCUUGGUGAAGAAACUCUAUUACUGCAAAUGGACAACACACACAUGACAGAUUACGGGCUAUUUGCUAACGGGAUAAAUGACAUAGAGGAUAAUGGAGGGGCACUUUGUAGGUGUGAACAACCUGUAACAUAUAACCAGUGAGGAACUCUGAAGGAGACCAGGUUUAAAUGAUGUCCUCAAGAAGAGAAGAUGGGAUGGACAGAUGGAUAGCCACAGGUAUAUCUUCUUUAAAGUCUCCAAGAUGUUGGUUGAACUGAUGA